GCGGCCGUUGGCCGUAAUAAGAGGAGCAAUUGGGAGACAGAUAAAUUACACCGAGUGCCGUCUCUGGCUCUGGCUGCAGCCAUGCCUCUUCUGGAAGAGACAACCCUGCCUCAGGAGCACCCACCCACCCUACCUGUGGUCAUCAUAGGCAAUGGUCCUUCAGGUAUUUGCUUGUCGUACCUGCUUAGCGGGUAUAAGCCCUAUCUGGACACAGGGACCGUGCACCCCAAUCCUGUACUGUACAGGAAACUACAGGAGACCAAGCACCUGCCCAUCACUGAGCAGGAUCUGGAGUACCUGAGCGAGGGGCUGGAGGGCAGGUCAGGGAACCCUGUAGCGGUGCUCUUCGACACCCUGCUGCACCCCAACGCUGACUUUGGCUACGAGUUCCCUCCAGUGCUCCAGUGGAGGAGAGAGAAGCAGCAACACAUCCCUCACCUGGUCCUGGGCAGGGCCAGACCAGGAGGGGCCUGGCACGCGAUGGAGGGCUCCAUGCUGACCAUUAGUCUUGGUAUCUGGAUGGAGCUUCCUGGUAUUAACUACCGAGACCUGAUCAAUGGCAAACGCAGGAGCGUGACAAAUGACAGAGCCACCCCAGAGGAAAUAUUGUCCUACUACAGGAACUAUGUGAAGCUGAUGGGCCUGAAGAAGCACUUUGUUGACAACACCUACGUGACCUCUGUCCAGAAGCUGAGCCGGGGUCACGAGGGGGAGGGGCUGGAGACUGGGCCUGAGGGGGGAGGGGACGGGGGUGGAGGUGAAGGGGAGAAGGGGGGUUAUGAGGGGAGGGGGGGAGAGAGUGUAGACAGCGGUGGAGGGAGUAGUCUUUGGGAGGUGAGGGGAUACCAGCAGGUGGAGGGGGACACCCAUGUCCCCUUCUGUCUGUUUGCGGAGAAUGUUGUUCUGGCAACCGGCGCAUCUGAUUCACCAGCUCGGCUGGGCGUGGAAGGGGAGGAGCUACCGUUUGUGUUCCACAGUAUCUCUGACCUGGGAUUGGCUGUGAGCCAGCAGAGGCUUGGGCCAGACUCUGACCCGGUCCUAAUUGUGGGGGCGGGGCUGAGCGCGGCAGAUGCCGUGCUGUGUGCCUGCAGCAGCAGCAUUCCUGUGCUGCACGUCUUUCGCAAACAUACAGACGACCAAGACCUCAUUUUUAAACAGCUGCCCAAAACCGUGUACCCAGAAUACCACAAAGUGUUUGACAUGAUGCGCUCCCAGACCCACAGCACCCCCCACAGCACCCCCCACCGCACCCCCCACAGCACCCCCAGCACGACGGGCUCUGCUCAGGGACCCCAGCCUCCCAGCCUGGCGUCUUCAGUCUGUGCUAAGAUGUGCUCCAAGCCCCUGCAUGCCCCCACCAACAUGGUCCCCUCUGGUGACUCCAGCCUGUUCCCUGACUACACCAGUUUCCCAGAGCACUGUGUGGUGUCCUUCCAGCCUGACAUGAAGUGCAUCAUUCAGGGGAACAACUCCCUCAAGGCCUUCAAGGUCUCUAUGGUGCUGGCUCUGAUCGGGACUCAUCCCAACCUGUUUUUCUUGAAGGGCCAGGGCCAGUACCUGGGUUUGGAUCCCACCAAGCCCAUCUCCUGCAAGCAGAAUCCCAUCGACAUCCAGCCCUACACUUUUGAGUGCACCAAGGAACCAGGACUGUUUGCCAUGGGUCCCCUGGUGGGAGACAAUUUUGUUCGUUUCUUGAAGGGCGGAGCCCUGGGCAUCGCCUCCUGCUUGCUGAAGAGACAGAAGAAGACAGAGAAGCUGAUCGUGAACGGAGGAGGAGGAAGCUUCAUCUAAGAAGAAAAAAGGCUCAAAAUAAUACUGGCUUCAUCAUGCUUCUCAGCAUAGCCAAGAUACAAGGUCACGUGGUGGCGGCAAAAUGAUUUAAAAAAUGUAUCUACUCAUUGUGUAUGCAGUGUUUAACUAUUGAAACAGAAGCUUUCUUACUUUUUCUGAGGAAACUGCAGAGAGAGGGAGGGUGGGUCCCAUCCUGCCCAGCUCUCAUGGUUUCCCUGAAACAUGACAUCGCGGAAGGUUGGUCCGUCUUGUAGUCUGAGCUGCAGCGAUGCUCUAGUGUUACUUCUCCAUCACUCGGAUCUUAAUUUUCUUCCGUUUUGUAUCCGUUCACAACGUGUCUUACAGUUCAAUCCAUAUGUUCUGGAUACCUGGUCAUCUGUCUACUAGUGAAGAAGUGACCUUUUCUUCACUGCUCAUCAUACUGCUCAUGUGAUCCAUUUUCAAGCUUUCAGGAGAAGGAAAUACAGCCACAAGACUGUUCAACCGCUUGCUUCUUCCUGGUUUGGUUUUCCAUCAGUGCCAAUAUAAGAUCCCAAAAGCAUCUUUCAGGUAAUGGACUGAGACAUUAACGACAACAAAUCCUACAAACAGCCCACUUUACCUGUAAUAACAAGCUGUUGCAUUGACAACCAACUGCAUUUAGAUGAUGUGAAAGAAGAUAUAAGAGAUGAUGCAGUUUAAGUGCCACUGACAAAUGAAGUAAGCUUUUUAUCGGAUGCAUCACAAGUGUGCUGUUAGGGGAGUUGGUGCCAUAGAAGUAGAAUUGCUACCAUUGACUUUCUAAUAUGUAGAACAGACAUUUCACUGUUUUGGUACGACUCAAAGGCUUCCUAUGCAAGUGCUUUCACUCAGAUAACCGAAUGUAUUCCGGAUCAGAAAAAACUCUUUGCUUAUUUACUUGCGAGUCAGCUGGUAAGCUUGGCAUGAGAUAACACCUCCAGUGAUGUGACAGAAUGCUAGACUACAUUAGUAGGUUAGAACCCGUGAUCAUAACUGUUUAUUAAGGACAUAGCUGUUAAAACGCACAUUUCCUGCUGGUCAAACACUGUAGGCAGUAUCUAUGCCAGUUGGUCAGUUUUUCAUCCUCUCAGUGACAUUUUUCGGACCGCAUCGCAGCCACCAUACGCCUCAGAAGUCAGCUGGCAUCAUGCCAAAUACGUGUUUAUGAAAAGCUGUGAAGACGGAAUGUAGUUUGUUCAUUCAUCCUUUCCGCUGACUAGUCACCUUUGGGAUGUGGCCGAUGCAGCGCCAUGCCCGGGUGUCCCUGAAAGGACGCCGCUAUCUGGGUGCAACACCGCAGAGAAUCAGCCCACUCUGGAUGGAGAUCUGAUAAGACUACAGGUUUCAACAGCAUGAAAGCAAAACGCACGUCUGGUUAUCUGGUACAGCUUUUCUUUAAUAGGUCGGGUGGAAUCAAUUGUCGGCCAUAUUGCUUCCUCCUAUCCAACCCUGUCACAUUUGUGCAAGUGACCUACAGUUCAGUGAGUAGAUCUGGAGAGGACUGUCUGAAGGAGAACUCAGAUUGGCUGUCCUCUUGUGUCCCAACUCUCUGGUAGAACCUGGAGGAGGGGGUCUGGUAGAACCUGGAGGAGGGGGGUCUGGUAGAACCUGGAGGAGGGGAUCUGGUGAAGGCUAACAGGGAACAGCUGCACGGUGCAUGAAGAUAUCAACUCCUUUUCUGUAAUAAGUUUUUAAUACAUGUUUUGUACUCAGUAUUUUUUAUUAUGGACAAAUAAAAUAUUUUAAAAGCUCUUAACAUGAAAUACACUUCAUCACAUUCUUUGCCACCAGUGCCUGAAUUAACAGCUAGUGUAUAAAACAGUAAAUGGGAACGAUUGCCUUUGGCACAGGCAUUUUUUUAAAACUUUUUUACCUUUACAAAAUAUUGAACUACUAAUGUAAUACUCAUCCACUAAUGUACAUAAUUAGAGAAGGGUGUGUGUGUGUGUGUAUGUGUGUAGGGUGUGUGUGUGUGUAGGUGCUGUGACAGAUAGUUACGAAACACUGACAAAUUCCACAGCAAACUAAAA